CAGAUGUUGAUAAAGCAAAAAAAGAUGCAGCGGAUGCAGGAACAAAAUUAGAAAGUGAUAUUGUUCAAGUAGCAACAGACUUAAGUACAGUAAAAGGAAAUGUAGAUAAGUUAGUUACUGCAAUUGGUGCUGCACAAAAAGUAGUUAAUGGAAUUACUAGUAACGCUGAUACAGCAGAUAAACUUAAGGAAGCCAAAGGAAAACUUAACAUUGCUGCAGAUGAUGCAACAGAAGCUCAGACUCAAUUAAAAAAAGUGGAUAUUGAUGAAAUUAAAAAAAAGGAAGGUAAUGACCUAAAGACAGCAAUUAAAGAUGCAAAAACUGCAAUUGAAGCUGCACAAAAGAAAAUUGAUGGCGGGUCUGCAGGAGGGGCUAUAGCAAAUUUAAAACUGGCAGAAACUGCUCUAAAAAAUGUUAAGGAUAAUUCUGAUAAUGCAAUUACUCCUCCUACAGAAUUAGGAGAUGCAACAACUGCUGCAACAGAUGCAAAAACUGCAUUUGGUGAUGGUAGUUCAGGACUUGCUAAAAAUAUAGACACAGCAGAAACAGAUUAUGCAGAUUAUUUAACAGCAGAGACAAAAGCUGCUAAUACUAAAGUAGGGACAUCACCUAUCGCUACAGCUGCAAAAGCUGCUUGUCCUAAAAUUACAGAUACAAAAACAGCUGAUGAAGGUAAAGUUAAAGAAUGUUUUGCAGAUGGAUUUAAAAACUAUGACUUUAUCAAUGCGCUUUUGAAAAACAUUCCAAAUACAGGAAAAGAUGUUUUAACUCAAGAUGCGGGUAGUUUUAAUGGUUAUGCUGAUAAGUUAACUGAUUCUACAAAUACAGAUAAAUUAGCAUCUGCUAAUUUUUACUAUAAAUUAGUUGGUACUGUUUGUGGUUUUGCACCUUUUGAUGGUGAAAAAAAUAAGUUACCUGAAGGUACAAUAAAAUGUUAUGAACAAGCUAACAAAGUUGCAGUUGCAAUCUUAAGUGACUCUAAUUGUGGUAGUGAUAAGUUAAAUAGUGGUGCUGUUACAGAUGGUUGUUAUAAUGCACUUGCUGGUAAAAUUGGAGAUCUAUAUAAUAAUGGUGAUACAGAUGGUAUGUUCAUAGAUAUUAGCCAUGCAUAUCCAGAUGAUGUUGUUACAGUUUAA